GGGUACUGAGCCCCAGAAAGCUGGCGGGAGCUCCGUGGGCUGGCCCCAGAUCUAAAAGCACAGCUGCUGUAGGCAACUCGUGAAGGCACCGCGGAGCUCCCAGCAAAUCCGAAGUUGCACUGGAAAUGUCUGAGUGACAAUAGGAAGAGAACGAAGACGUCGAGGCGAUGGAGUCAAUUCCCAGGGAGCCCAGGAAUGGCUGGGGUCGCAGAGGAAAGGCCGGGAGCCUAUGGGUCUUUCUCGUCGGAGCUCUGAAUCCCCAGGCCUCUUCCACCAUGGCGGGCCGGGGCCGGGGCCGGGGCCGUGGCCAGCUGACCUUCAACAUGGAGGCCGUGGGCAUCGGGAAGGGGGAUGCUCUGCCCCCACCCACACUGCAGCCUUCUCCACUCUUCCCCCCCCUGGAGUUCCGCCCUGUGCCUCUGCCCUCAGGGGAGGAAGGGGAGUACGUCCUGGCGCUGAAGCAGGAGCUGCGAGGGGCCAUGAGGCAGCUCCCCUACUUCAUCCGGCCGGCGGUCCCCAAGAGAGAUGUGGAGCGUUACUCAGACAAAUAUCAGAUGUCAGGGCCGAUCGACAGUGCCAUCGACUGGAACCCUGACUGGCGACGUCUACCCCGGGAGCUGAGGAUCCGAGUGCGGAAGCUACAGAAGGAGCGGACCACCAUUCUGCUUCCCAAGAGACCCCCCAAGACCACAGAAGACAAAGAGGAAACAAUACAGAAACUAGAGACUCUGGAGAAGAAGGAGGAAGAAGUAACUUCAGAGGAAGACGAGGAGAAAGAAGAGGAAGAGAAGGAAGAGGAAGAGGAGGAGGAGUACGAUGAAGAAGAACACGAAGAGGAAACUGAUUACAUCAUGUCGUAUUUCGACAACGGAGAGGACUUUGGGGUUGACAGUGAUGACAAUAUGGAUGAGGCUAUCUACUGAAUAAGGACCCU